AUUAGGGUGGAUUUAGUCCGGGGGUAAUGAUCUCAGAAAGCAACAGCGGGUAUAGCGAGCGCUCUCGCCGACCCCAGUGGUACGAGUCCCUUGUUCUUCCUCGUUGGCCUCGUCCAAUCCCGGGAUCGAAGCGGCUUAAUAUAGGAGGGAGAAAUCUUCGCCACUUCUCUUGUAUUCUUGUGCGACUCUCCCCAGAUCUGGAUCCGCUCUCCGCGCUCCCGUUCGAGUGUCGUGCCGUUGCUACCGCGGUCCGAGAGGAAGAAUCGAGCAGGGAGCUAAUCUUUACUCGGCUAACAUGAGGAUCGUCGAGUUGGAGGACGGGAGAGAAAAAGAUUCCCGCGGUGGCGAGAUUGCGAAGGUUAAGGCGAAGCGAGCGUUAGUUGGCGCGGGCGCUCGGAUCCUUUUCUAUCCGACCCUUAUUUACAAUGUAAUCAGGAACAAAGUUCAGGCCGAGUUCCAUUGGUGGGAUGAAAUUGAUCAGUUUCUACUACUCGGUGCUGUUCCAUUUCCCAACGACGUCCCUCGCCUGCAGCAGCUUGGAGUUCGAGGUGUCAUCACCCUGAACGAACCUUACGAGACUUUGGUCCCAUCAUCCUUAUACAUGGUUCACGGAAUCGAUCAUUUAGUGAUUCCUACAAGAGAUUACCUCUUUGCACCUUCACUUGUCGACAUAUAUCGAGCUGUUGAUUUCAUUCAUAGGAAUGCAUCCUGUGGGAGAACCACAUAUGUUCACUGCAAAGCUGGAAGGGGACGAAGCACGACAAUUGUCCUAUGCUAUCUGGUGCAGCAUAAGAACAUGACACCCACAGCCGCUCUGGAGUAUGUGCAGUCAAUAAGACCCAGAGUUCUGUUAGCUCCAUCACAGUGGAAGGCUGUCCAACAGUACAGCCAGUGCAAGUUAGAAUUCCCUGCCAUUCGAAGUCCAAGGUCGAUAGAUUUGCUCACAGGAGAUGAAGUGUUGAUAUCUGAGGCUGAUCUUGAAGGUUACAAUGUUGGCGAGGAUACUAAAGACCUCAGCAUCUCAUCAUGUAAGAUGGCUGAAGCCAGUCCCACGAUUGUGAAGCAUAUGACAGAAAGUCCCAUCGGAGGGGAUGAAGUUCUGAUAACCGAGGCAGACCUAGAAGGAUAUGAAACCUUUAUGAUUGCUUGUGAAGAUGGGAGUCUCUCAUCAACUGUGACGACCGCCAUUGUGCCUGCACGAACAAGAAUGGUGAUGAGGAGGCUUUGCUGCCUAUGCACUUCCUUGAAAUCCUCUGGCAGUAGCCAGGCCGUUGCGAGCCGGUUUCAUGAGAUCCAUGCUUGUUAGAUACAGAGAAGAAAACCCAUCUCAUGCAUGUCAAUUGCUGCAGGAGAGGUGAGGAGUUCCUACAGGAUCAUAAGUUUUCCUCCUUUUACCAGCACUACUAGAUGAGACCGAGGACAGGAGGCAACCAAUCAAUGUAUGGUCGUUUGGUUUGGUUGCCGAAGCUUUUGGCUUCAUAAUAAUUGUAUAGUUCACUCUUUUGGUUUGUUGUGGUGGCAUCAGCAUUUUGUUUUCAUUUUGCAGAACAGUUUUCUUUUCAAUAAAACAACCUUUGUUACUUUCUAGGUAACGUCCGAGCUUGUUUUGUCA